AUGACGGUACUGAAGAGCAUCCGGUCGACCGUGCUGGAAAGGUCCGACGACAUAGACCACAACCCGAGAGCCAGCUUCUACAGCAGCCCUACCAUCUACGAGCUAAGGCGAGCCGGGCUGAUGGAGGACAUCAUGAAGAAGGCAUUUGUUCCGGACGGCGUCACUUGGCGCAUCGGGGGCGGGAAGUUCGAGGAGGUCUGUUCAGUCAAGUCGGACAAUCCUCCAGGAGCCGAGACGAUCAUCUCGUUGCCUCUAGACGAGCUGCUGCCUUUGAUCGCAGAUCAUCUAUCUCGAUAUCCGUCUGGUGAGAUUUUGUUCAAUCACGAGGUCGUGUCUCUUGGUCAGGACGCCAGCAAGGCGUGGGUCAAUGUGAAGACCCCGGAUGGCGAGAAGCAGCUCGAGGCGGAUUAUAUUCUGGGCUGUGAUGGCGCGAACAGCAAGGUCAGGCGAGAGUUGUUUGGCAGCAAUUUUCCUGGCUUCACGUGGGACAAGCAGAUUGUGGCAACGAAUGUGUAUUAUCCCAAGUUCAAAGAAUUCAAUUGGACGUCGUCAACGUUCCAGAUCCACUCGGAACACUUCCCGAUGAUUGCUCAGCUCUCCAAUGACGGUAUGCUGCGCAUCACGUACGGCGAAGAGGGCGGUCUGACGACGGAGCAAAUGCGAGAGCGUCAACCGUGGAAAUAUAAGCAGUUUGUUCCUGGGGCUCCUGAGCCCGACGAGUACAAGCUUGUGAACUUCAGCCCGUACAAGAUCCACCAGCGGUGCGCAGAGAGCCUGAGGAAAGGUCGGUUCCUCUUGGUAGCCGACGCUGCUCAUGUGUGUAAUCCCUUUGGUGGAAUGGGGCUCACAGGCGGUUUAGUUGAUGCGGGCAACCUAUAUGACUGCCUAUAUGGCAUUGCAACUGGCCAAGCGGACGAUAGCAUCCUGGACAAGUAUUCUGAGAUCCGCAUUCAAAAGUAUAAGGAGAUCAUCGACCCAAUCUCCAGCGCAAAUAUCCGGCGUCUAUGGGAUCCGAGCCCGGAAGCCAUCAAGGCGGAUCCUUUCUUCCAGGCUGUCGAGCGCGGCAAGAGGGACAAGGAGUUUCAAGAGAAGAUGAAACAGGGUAUAAAUGCUGUGAUGCAUGAUUUCACCCAGUACUACAAGCCCAAUAAGGUUGAGGAAGAUCAUUGA